AUGAACAAACACCUCAAGAACCACACUGGCGAGAAGCCCCACCAGUGCACGGUCUGCAGGAAGCGGUUCAAGAGCGGGUGUGCCCUCAAAGAGCACCUGUUCUAUCACCACGCCAACAGUGGCCCCUACGAGUGCAGCCUCUGUCAAAAGUUUUUUCGGUUCCCGAGCUACCUCAUCAGCCACCUCGCCCAACACGGGAACACUCCGCCCUUCCGGUGCCCGCUGUGCCACAACCCCCAGGGCGACAAGCGUGCCCUGUACCGCCACCUCAAGGAGCACGUCUCCCUCAAGGCCGUGCAGCCGCCGUACCAAACACCCCGCGGACCGCCACCUCCAGCCCCGUUCCUCUGCACCGAGUGCGGCAGGAGGUUCCGGAAGUGCGAGCGGCUCCUGCAGCACCUGUGGACUCACAUCCGGGCGGGGCGGGGCCCCGGAGGCCGGGGACAGACGACGGCGUCGCUGGACGUGGAACAAGACGGUGCGUUCAUAAUGAAGCAUGCGAGUCAGUCCGAAGACCCUCUCAGGAAGUUCGCGUGUUCCAUUUGCCCGAAGGCGUUCUCGAACAGAUCCCGGCUAACGACCCACCUGCGGGUGCACACUGGCGAGCGCCCCUACCAGUGCACCGAGUGCCAGAAGGCAUUCAAGCAGCUAGGCGCACUGAGCCUUCACCUCCGCCUAGUACACUUGAAAGAAAAGUCCUUUGAGUGUGCAUUUUGUGGGAAAUGUUUCGGGGCGGCGGAGCGCCUUGCGAAGCACCUCCGAACGCACACGGGCGAGAAGCCCUUCAAGUGUUCGUACUGCCCGAAGGCAUUCGCCGAAAGCAGCAACAGGAACGUUCAUCUGAGGACGCACACUGGCGAGCGGCCCUACCAGUGCACCGUGUGUCAGAAAACAUUCGCUCAGGAAGGUGCCUUGAACUUGCACAUCCGCUCUGUACAUUUGAAAGAAAGGUCCUAUAAGUGUGUAUUUUGUGCAAAAUGUUUCGUGCAUUCUUCGCCCCUUAAGGUGCACCUCCGAACGCACACGGGCGAGAAGCCCUUCAAGUGUUCGUACUGCCCCAAGGCGUUCGCCGACCCCAGCGCCAUCAAGGUGCACCUGAGGUACCAUACAGGUGAGCGGCCGUUCAAGUGCACGUUCUGCGACAAGGCCUUCCCCGUGAUGCACGUCCUCAGAACUCACAUGCGGACGCACACCGGCGAGAAGCCCUACAAGUGCGAGUACUGCCCCACGGCCUUCACGGCCGCCUCUUCCCUAGCGCACCACCAAACAAUCCACCUGGAAGAAAAGGGUUUCAAGUGCACAGUGUGCCAAAAGGAGUUCAGGCUGGUCAGCAAACUAAACGCACACCUCAAGACCCACUCUGGCGAGAAGUCCCACCAGUGCACGGUCUGCAAGAAGCGGUUCAGGAACGGUAGUAAUCUCAAAUCGCACCUGUUCCGCCAGCACGCCGACAGUGGCCCCAACGAAUGCAGCCUCUGCCAUAAGUUCUUCCUGUUCCCGUGCCACCUCAUCAGCCACCUCGCCCAACACGGGAGCACUCCGCCCUUCCGGUGCCCGCUGUGCCACAAACCCCAGGGCGAAAGGCGUGCCCUGUACCACCACCUCAAGGAGCACGUCCCCGUCAAGGCCGAGCAGCAGCCGCACCAGGUCACCGCAGGGACGUCCUCGCCGGCCGCGUGCCACAAACCCCAGGGCGAUAGCCGGGCCCUGUACCACCACCUCAAGGAGCACGUCCCCUCCACACCUGUGGACAUGCCUCUGACGCCCGACUAA